AUGGCUCUUGCAGCCGACAACCCUCAAGACAAUGCAUUCACCGUCUCCCUCAUCCAAGUAAAUGCAUUCACCGUCUUCCUCAUCCAACUUGACAAGCAGUUCUUCAGCUGGAACUGCCUUUUGACGCCGCCGUCGCCUGUGAUGCUUAAAGCCACCUUUGUGCAACCGAGUUCCUGCAUCUUCCGCCGCAAGCCGAGAUUUGCUGUGCAAGGAAAGGAUCCAGCGAACUUCCAGCAGCUGUCGUGGGGCACACGGAAGCCACGCCGACACAAGCCCAGGGCACAUUCAACGUCAUUGGAAAAGAUUGGGGAACCCGGCUUUGGAAAGCAAGAGGUCCACGUUACCGCUGCUUCUGGGUCCCAUUUGGCAGAGAAGAAGAGGCCCGCCACAGCAGUCAAUACACACACACUCGUUGUCGAGUGUGGCACCGUGAAAGCUCCAGAUGGUGAAGGUGCAGCCACCACUGCCAUAGAGUCAUUUAGGGUAGACAAGCAGUACCUGCCAGAGCCCACUGAGGACUGUGCCAUGCGGGAUGACUAUACCGGACCUGCCAAACCCCAAACACAGGACAAGCAGUGCCAUUCCCUCGCAAGUAAUACCUCACAAGGUUCACCGACAGGGAAGCCUGUGACAAAAAUUGGUUCGAGCUUUGAAGACCUGCGCUAUUACAAGAUCCCAAAGAUAAAACAACAGGUGCCAUCAACUAAGGAACAUUGCAGUGAUAUAUCCAGAACCUGCCCCUCGCUUGUGGACGAAAUAAUAAAGGACAUGGACAAGGCUUACCCAAAGAUCUCUGGGUGCUACGUUUCGGGCAGCAACUACUGUCCCCAUCGAAAUCAAGUUAAUGAGAUGCCCAAGAGCCCUGCAAAGUGCCCACUUGAAGACAAUCAGAGCCUAUCGAAGUCUGCUAACAUCGACUGUGCACCAGUGAGCAGUCAGAUCAACCAGAAAAAACAAAUGAAGAUUUGCACUGUGUGCAAACGCAAAAAUGUUUCUGAGAGAGUAGGUCAAGGAACCUGUGUCAGGUGCUCUCUUUACGAGGAGAUUAACAAUGAACAGGCUGCAAUGAAAGAGCAGGGGAGGAAGCAGAGGCUAGCUGUUUGUGAACCAGUUAUGCCAGCUGAACUAUCAGCACGUCGAAGCUCGUCAGAUGUUGAGAACAAGGAGAUGGUGGCUAAAAUCCCAACCAGGCCAAGGUCCAGAUCCAAAUCAAAAUCGAGGACCAGCAACAUAGAUACAGUGGGCAGUGCAGCACUGCAGGCAAAUGAGCACGAAAGUAUUUUCAAAAAAAGAAAACGCAAGACCUGCUAUCUUACAAAGCCUAUCAUCUCAUCUAGUGACCAUUCUUCCAGCAGUGAAGAUGAUGUCUGCGUUGUGGCUGCGAGUGCUGGUAGUGCGAGUUUGCCACUGUCUGAGCAGGCUAGGCCACAACGCAAAUGCAGGGCCCUCAGUGAAAGUCCACAGAAUAUGAGAGGAGAGCCACCCCGAAAGGGUAUCGGUGAGAUUUCUGAGAAGCCUCUGACUACCGGUUCCAAAAAUGGCAAAGCAGAAGCGAAGCUUCAGCGAUCGCAAAGUAAGACAGCCAAACCGAAGGCUCAGCUGAAUAAAUGUAAAGGGAGCGAAGAAGAGAAGCAAAGGCGGCUAGUGAUGAGAAAAGCAUGGAGAAAAGCAAAGGACACAGAUGACUAUUUGACAACGCUGGGUGAACUAGAGAAGUGCACGAAAAGAAGGAAGACUCUUUGUACGAUAGCCAAGGAAAGCGAAAAGCCUGAAGAGUGUAAAACCAGGAGUGGUGGCCACACUGAUGCAAAACGUGCUCUUGGAGAGCAUGAACAGCUUCAAAGUGUAAAGGGUGAGUGCACUGAUGGGAAAAGUGCAAUUGAAGAGUGUGAACAGCUUGAAAAGGUGACGGGUGACCAUGCUCUUGGAGAGCGUGAACAGCCUAAAAGUGUUAAGGGUGACUGCACUGAUGGGAAACGUACAAUUGAAGAACAUGAACAGCUUGAAAGGGUUAGGGGUGACCAUACUGGUGUAAAACCUACAGCUUUUGGAGAGCAUGAACAGCCUAAACGUGUUAAGGGUGACUGCACUGAUGGAAAACGUACAAUUGAAGAACAUGAACAGCUUGAAAGGGUUAGGGGUGACCGUACUGGUGUAAAACCUACACUCGAAGAGCGUGAACAGAUAGAAAGUGCUAAGGGUGACUGCACUGAGGCAAAAGAAGCAUUUGAAAAACGUGAACAGCUUGCAAAUUUAAAUGGUGACCAUGCUGAUGCAGAGCCUCAACUUGAAGAGCAUGAACAGUUUAAAAGCAAUAAGGGUGACCAUACUGAGCUCGCACAUGCAUCAGAAUCAGCAUCUGCAAAGCAAAGUGGUGAAGUUGCCAUUGAUAUGUGCAGACUUGCUGCAGAUUCUUUAGUCUUGGCAAGUAGUCCAGCGUUAGUGGUUGCGUCAUGCUGUAGUCUCAGCUUGACAGACUGGGAAAGCAUGGCAAAUGAUUCAGACAACAGUAUAAACUCCGAGGUGGUUAGAAGCGUAGUUACCAAAGUCACGCCUGCUUACAGCUUGCCAAGUGAUGGGCCUCUGUCAGACGUCCAUGCAUCAACAAGUUUUAGGAAGUGUGCUGAAAAGGCAGUUUUACCUUCUGCAGUGGUCACUGAUCCUUCUACUGUCACAUUUAAUGAGAAGCCUGUUGAUGCAGCAGUGAAGUGUCCCAUGAGACUGCCAUUCCUGCUAUCUUUUGAGGACGAUGGUACAAUGUCUGUCACUAUUCGAGACAGUGAUUGUGUCAGUAAUCAAGAGAAAGGUUUCCCUACAAAUGAAGUGGGUGGGCUGGGGCUGCAGCCUCAGGAAGUUGGGCCUUCCUCUUCCAGUGACGCAGACUAUGUGUCUGCUUUUAUAGCUAGCUUGCAGGAGAGUGGUUUCAAUUUAAACCAAGGACAGGCCGUUAGGAAGUCUCAUCUUGACAAAGAGCAUGCUUUGACAGACACACACACAAAGAAAACAGGAACAAAGAAAAAAAGAACAAAGGCUGAGGAACCUAUUUCAUCAAAACAAGAGGAACCUGAUGCAUUAUCUACUUUUGCAUUGCAACCCUUGCCUUGCCUCAACAGUGACAGCGAGAUCACAGCAGAUACAGCUGCCCCGAGUGGAUGUGAUGACCUCUUGUCUUCAAGGGUGGCUCAGUUGCACUUGGAUUCAUUGCACACAGUUUCAUCUUGUGUGCACCCAACUCAGGUGAACAGUCAAAGGUUCAGAAAUGCUUUACUGCAGAAUUUUCGGGAUUCUAGUGAUACAGCCAAGUCAGUGAGGUCUUUGGCAGGAAAUAUGGACAGUUCAGGUAGCAAUGCCUCGCUUGACAUAGUCUCUCUGGUGGACACUGUCUUAGUGAUAUCAAAGGAUGCUGUUGGCACCACUGACAAAGGCCAUGCUGGCCAAGGAGGCGUGCUGUGUCAGCUGCUGGAUGAGUACGUCAAAAAUAUAGAGGGAUUUCUCAUGUCCCUAUCUGAAUGUGCACCAAGCUAUCGUGAUAAAUUGGUCAGUGCCCUGUUGCCUCACGGCAUUGUCGGAUUGAAGACAAUCAUUCAGCUGGUGUGGAAAAUGGAGGCUGAAUUACAGUUUCUAGGAAGAGACAGAGUCUCGGACCUAGACAAAGGCAUCUUCUCGCUGCUCAUGGAACAGGCGGAUAGCCUCUCGAAGACUACUACAGAGCAAGACCUGCCGGCCUUUAUGACGAUUGAGGCGUGCAUUGAGCCUCAGCUACCGACUCUGGCCGAUCCACCUGGUGAGCCAGUGGCAGAUGACGAGCAGCGUACUAACUGCAAUGAUGUACUCGAACACCGCACAAAGUCAAACCCUGCAGCAGAUGUGACUUCAGAGGCAGUUGGCCAGCUUGGGAGAGCAGAGGCAUCGCCAGUUUCUGUUGCUUCUUCUGUGGAUUUCUGUGCGACAGAAAAUUCGGAUGAUGAUGAAAUUAUAAUUGUUGAUGAUGCUGAUCAUGAGGGGCUGAUGACUGAUGCACUGACAGCAAGUCCACAGGGGACAUUAACCGGGGUGCAAAGGAACAGGAUUCAAAGACUUGGCAGCAUCUCUGGGCUGCGGCAGCCAUCGAAGACCGUGUCAGGAAAGGAUGAAAUCGCUAGCCAACCAAAGUCGCUACAAGCAGGGACAGUUGACGUGGCAGUUCAAGGCACAGCACAUACUGCAGCUGCUGUUGAUGUCCCUCCCGUUGAGCAAGGACAGCUGAGCAUGGGGAUCACUUGUCCACCACAUGCUGCCACAGGAAUUGUCCAGAAUCUCGUUUUUGACAAGCCCCUGACAGGGAAGCCGAAAAAUCUGGAUGCUGCUUCUAGUGCCAAGGUCUCCCAAGUGGUCAAUGCAAAGGAGGCCCCCAGAGUACCAACAGAUACAGCGGUUGCAGUUGCAGCAACUCGAAAUAAACAGCUCUGAUAAGUACAGACUCCCAUUCACGGAAAAGACUGUUGAAUGUAGACAGCAGAGGUGGGAUCAGGGACCAAAAAUGGCACCUAGUGUGAACCAGCAUUCAGUGCUUUACGCUGGAAUGGAGCUGGACCUAAGUAUGCAAGGCAGACAGCAGCCAGACAGGAGUGCACUUCGAAGCCCAUUAGGGUGUCGUCCAAGAGGAAAUGUGAGUGACACUUGCAGCACAGCCCAGCACAGCACCCAGGCACCAAAGAGGAAAGUUGCCAAAGUGAGCAGCCAGCAAGCCAUUCUACAAGGCGUUCUUUCAAGUCAAAGCUCUAGGCAAGGACAGCUGGCAUAUUCAGCUGCUGGCAAGCCUCAACAGGGCCGCCAAGUAAAUGUGGAGCUGAGGGGCCCUUCACAACUCAUCUACACAGGGCCACAGCACACUGGGCAGAAUGAAAUGGCUUCCGUACAGCAAAGUGUCAUGAGUUCGAGGCAGCGCGAAGAGCUUGCAAAGCAGAUUGCUUGGAUGAGUGCGAAUGCCCAUACUUUUCCAAGAAACUUGCAAGGCUCGGCAGGGCCUCCCGAUUGGGUUAGAAGAACAGUGCUAUCGGGUGAUGCUUCAAGACCUGCUCAUGCACAGAGUUUCUCACCACAGUCAGAUUUACUGCAAGGAUCUAGCAAUGCACACGCACAACUCCAAGAGCGUGAGCCAUGUUUACUGCAGCAGCAUGAGCGAGGACAACAGUAUGCAGCUAAUACUAAUGCAUCAAGUUUUCUACCUUCACCGUCGGCAAGUUAUGGUUUCCGAGCCGUUCCCAUGGACACUGCAUUGAUUGAAGUAGAAAAAGAAGUACUAGACCGGCUACAGAUGCAAAGUUAUCUCGACCAGAUCGUGCACAAAGUAAAAGCUGGAAAAGCAGCUCCUGUCCAACAGCCAGGACACUCUGAGGCACUGAAACAAAGGCAGCUGUCUCAAAGAGAACUGCUCUUGCGGCAGCAGAUAAAUAAUGCUCUACAUGCAUUUGCAAUAAGUGCACCCCAGAAGGCCCAGCAGUGGCACUUUCAAGCCUAUCAAUCCUACCAGCGACCGCUGCAGGACCCCACUGUAGAGCUCUCAUGCGACUCUUCAGCACAGGCAAGGGUUGACAGGAACAACAGCAGUGCAGGCAUUUCUGAAGAAAGCACUUCAUCAGAAUCCCCUGUAGGAUUCGUGCGACCUUGGACUGCUCAGUCGAAACAGCCCAAGCCUUACUCAGCAUGUCAGGAUACGCUGCAGAGGUGGAAGAAUCGGCAGUUGGAUGGAGCGCCCAAAUCGGGGUUGCCAGAGGAUGCCGCAGAACAAAUUCUAGACGAGUACAGAGUAGAUGCAGACGCCCAUCCUCGGCAGACCACGGAGGCACAAAACCAUGUGUUCAUGCACCAAGUUUUUCUGCCAGAGCCAAAUAGAAACACCGCACAUUGUGAUAUUUCUAAUCACACACCGGUGCCUCAUACAUCUGUGUCAGGGCGAAAAAGGAACAUUGGGGCACGAUCCAAAGUUUCCUCUUCAGCACUAGUGCAACAAGAAGUUUCUGCGCCACAGCAAAGUCCUAACUCAAUGGCAGGGUCUGGUGUACCUGGCAGGGCCUAUAGAGAGCGAAGCACGUCAACAUGGCAUCCACCGACCUCCAUUCAUGAUCCUCCUGCUUAAGCUGAAGUUUCCAGUAGCCAUCUUUCAGAAGAUGGUGGUGGCACUUCUCUUUGACUGCCAAGCCAGCAGAUCUCAAGGGAAGGCUUAGUGCGCCAGCCUGUACCAGGACAACUCCCGAAUUCAGGGCAAGGCAUAUUGCCACAGUGACUGCCUUCUGUGACAGUACACCGCACAUUGUGAUAUUUCGAAUCACAUACCGGUGCCCCAUACAUCUGUAUCAGGGCGAAAAAGGAACAUUGGGGCACGACCCAAAGUUUCCUCUUCAGCACUAGUGCAACAAGAACUUUCUGCGCCACAGCAAAGUCCUAACUCAAUGGCAGGGUCUGGUGUACCUGGCAGGGCCUAUAGAGAGCGAACCACGUCAACAUGGCAUCCACCGACCUCCAUUCAUGAUCCUCCUGCUUAAGCUGAAGUUUCCAGUAGCCAUCUUGCAGAAGAUGGUGGUGGCACUUCUCUUUGACUGCCAAGCCAGCAGAUCUCAAGGGAAGGCUUAGUGUUCCAGCCCGUACCAGGACAACUCCCUUAGUGUUCCAGCCCGUACCAGGACAACUCCCGAAUUCAGGGCAAGGCAUAUUGCCACAGUGACUGCCUUCUGUGACAGUAAAGCUUUGUGUUGGGCAUUAUG